GUACACAAGAAAGAAUGACGAAAAACACACUGUUCUAUAUAGAUACGCGGUAUCAACAGUAGAGCGUGUGAAUACGGGAAAUUGAGGGGAAAUUAAGUUGUUUAAAACGAUUUUCUACCGUCUGUAUUUGGUCUGUUUUGUGUUUGAAAAUGGGGAAAGCGGAUUUCCUAAGUCCUAAGGCAAUUAGCAAUCGGAUUAAAGCGAAAGGCCUGCAAAAGUUGCGAUGGUAUUGUCAGAUGUGUCAGAAACAGUGUCGAGAUGAAAAUGGGUUUAAAUGCCACUGCAUGUCCGAGUCUCACCAGCGCCAGUUACUGCUGGCCUCAGAGAAUCCCAACCAGUUUAUGGACUACUUUUCAGAUGAGUUCAAGAAUGACUUUUUGGAGCUGUUGAGAAGACGUUUUGGAACAAAACGAGUUCACAAUAACAUCAUCUACAACGAGUACAUCAGUCAUCGGGAGCACGUUCACAUGAACUCCACUCAGUGGGAGACGCUCACAGAUUUCACUAAAUGGCUGGGGAGAGAAGGUUUUUGUAAAGUGGACGAGACGCCCAAAGGCUGGUACGUUCAGUACAUCGAUCGUGAUCCGGAGACAAUCCGCAGACAGGAAGAGCUGGAGAAGAAGAAGAAGCAGGAUCUGGACGAUGAAGAGCGCAGCGCAAAAUUUAUCGAAGAACAAGUGCGACGAGGCCGAGAGGGCAAGGAGCCGGAGGAGGAGCCUGUGUUUACUGAACUGAAGAGGGAGAACGAGGAAGAGAAAGUUGCCUUCAACUUGGCUGGUAGCUCCUCCUCCACUGUAGGCCCAGCUAAAGCAAGCACAUCUCUGGGUUUGAACGCCCUGAAAACGGCAGCGUCUGGUAAAAGAAAAGACGCAUCUCACAGCGCCGACUCCAAGGAGAAGAAGAAGAAAUCCGCGCUCGACGAGAUCAUCGAGAUGGAGGAGAAGAAGAAGAAAUCGGUGAGGUCAGACAAUUGGAUUCAGCCGGACAUAGUGGUCAAGGUCAUCACCAAGAGGCUGGGAGACAAGUAUUAUAAGAAGAAAGCGGUCAUUCGGGAGGUGCAAGACAAAUACACAGCUAUAGUAAAGCUGAUCGACUCUGGGGACAAACUCAAACUGGACCAAAGCCACCUGGAGACAGUGAUCCCAGCACCGGGUAAGCGAGUUGUGAUUGUGAAUGGACAUUAUCGGGGCAUGGAGGCCAUCUUGGAAGGCAUAGAUGAAAAGAAUUUCUCUGCUCAACUCGCAAUAGACUCGGGUCCUAUGAAGGGGAAGAGAGUAGAGAUUGCAUAUGAAGACUUCUCCAAGCAGGUGUGAUCUUUAUUUAUUUUUUUUCCCACCUUGACUCUUCAUUGCAAUCAUUUUCCCUGCAUCCUCUACUGUGUCAGAGCAUUUAUCAGGGACACACAGACACAUUCCUGCAGCUCUUUUUACUGAACCAAUUUACUGAGCCCUGUACUGAAGCCAACUGGG